GAUUGAACACCUACUAUUUUGGUAAAUGCUUGGAAACAGAGCUCAACUGGGCCGUGGUUUUCCUUACAGAAUUCAAUGAAACGUGGCUCUGUAAUUAGCCAUAUUUUUGACCUCGGCGAUUAUGCGCCUCUCUCGGCGUUGCUUGUGAUAAACAAACGCAUUCACUCGGCCUCGUUGUUGGCAAACAAAAGAUAGGUAUAUAAGGCUCUCCAGGAGAGGCCAGUUGUCUGGUUCGACAUUGGACUUACCUACUUCCCACUCAGUGAAAUUGUUACGUGUCUCAACUGUAGUACAGGUUAUUCGUGGCGUGUCUAUACUCUGAGGAAGGACCAUACAGCUGCGCUUUGAAUCCUUGAUAGCGUCAUUUCGAUCCACCGUCUGCCAGCAACACAGCCUUAUUGUCAAUACCACCAACAACCUACUAAACCGUGGUUUUUUUCUUUCUCCUCAAACAACAUCUACACGAAUACCCACAUCUUGAUAUUCCUAUCAACCUCAACGCAACAAUGGCUGCUCCCGCCGAAAAGACCACCUCUGACCUCAGUGGUAAAUGGGUUCUCAACAAGACUCUUUCCGAUAGCUCUGAGCCUAUCCUCAGCUUACAGGGCAUCGGAUACCUCACUCGUAAGGCAAUUGGCUUGGCUACCAUCACCGUCGACAUCAACCAGUACAACGCCCCUCCCAAGCCCCCCAACACAUCCACCGACGUUUUCACCCACAUCGACAUCACCCAGUCUGCCUCUGGCCUGACGAGCACUCACGAGAACCGCUGCCUUGAUUUCAACAACCGUGAGCACACGGACUGGCUCUUCGGCACCGUCAGGGGUCGAUCCAGGUUCGUCACUCUCGAUGAGAUUGAGGAGGACUUCCUCAAGACUGGCUGGCUUGUCGAGGGCGAUGGCAAGUUCAUCCAGAGCAUCGCCGAAAGCGUCGACAACGGCUGGGUCGCUAAUCAGAUCUGGGGCUUCGAGGAGAUCAACGGCGAAAGGAGAUAUGUGAGGCACAUCUUGGUGACCAAGGGUGACAAGAAGGUCACCGCCAAGCUCAUCUACGACUACCAGGCUUAGAGAUGGGAUUGCCCCAGAACAUUACUUGACCUAGUAUAGACGACUGACGGUAACAAUGCUUGAUUAUCGCUCAGUGACUCAUGCAACAGUUGCUCAUGAGACAAAUAUAAUUUGACAGACCGAAAUGAAGUCAUCCUAAACUGAAUUUCUAUGCACCAAUUGCACCACACAACAUUUGUGUUCACCAAUGUGUAUUAUCCCACAUAUCGCGCUAUGUUGAAAGCAGCUUUCCUGCCUGGCUGGCUGUUAUGAGCCUGCCGUAGUCUCCAUGAUGCUCAGGCCAUUAUUCCCCCAACGCCCAUCCAUGAUGCUUGAUUCUUGUUUUCUUCUGUUCCCUGCGCUACAUUCCCGCGGCCUUUGUUCCUCGGGAUUUAGGUCCCAGCUCUGGCAUAUCACAUGCUAAAAAUACCACUUUACUCGGGUCUUCGCUUUACAAAUUCCUCGAGGUCCUGUACUGUCGCGACGCCCAAGACAAACCUCCUCUUCUCAUCCGUGAUAACGGCGAACUCCUGCUUCCAUGGCCCAUCAGGUACGCCGCCACGGAAGAAGUUCUCAAGCUCCUCGAGGGUCGUCUCCAUGGUGAUGACCUGGUAGGUACGGCCCUUGCGCUGGAAGCGUGUCAUGGCGGCUGAGAGCUGAUCUUCAGGCUUGACCUUGCCUGAGUCGAGAAGGGACUGGAGGUGAGGAAUGGAUAUGUAGCCUAGCAACGCGCGGGUGUCGGCAUCGACGAUGGUAAGGUGCGUGUAGUCGCGCUCAAAGGCGGACAUGAGGGCGAGGGAGAUGGCAUCGGAGGGGUUGAGUGAGAGUGCGGCUGGGGGGUCGAGGUCUUCGACAGUGGCCUGUGAUGCAUUAGCCACAACUCGAAGGAAUAGUAUUCUCUAUAGAAGCCAUAUGCCUAUAGCCCGGAGCGCAAAGUGGUGUCAUGAGAAGCACAUACCCCACGAUAUCGAGAAGACCACUUUGUGACCAGGGGCUGUGUCGCACCCGAUGUUGUGGUGGUAGCAGUAGCAGUAGCCAUUGUAUAUGCAAUAGCUAUUAUAAGUAGUGCAAGAAAAGAGUUUGGCAGUGAUUGGCGCACAAGUUGGUUCAAGUUGAAAGGUUGGGGAGUUGAAGCGAUCGCGGGGCAGGAUUCUGUACGGCCAGUCACCUAUUGGGGUCACGCAAAAUGCUCUAAUAUGGUGGGGCAGAGAGGAAAAAAUGGGAGCUUUUUUGUUGGCAUCAUGACAUGGGUCAUCUCGAUGGUGAAUCGACAAACACUUCUCCGUCAGCCAAGAGACUCUAUGACUGGUGUUACUGCAACUAGGUAAUCUAAUAGGGGCA